AUGAGGAUUUUGUCAGUAAAGAAAGCCAAAGUUCUUUGUCUCUUGAAUGAUUUUUAUAAGGUGAUUGUUAUUGAUUGGCUGAAUAUUAAUGCCAAAUCACAAGGUCAUGGUGACUUUUGCGAACAGCCCUCAAUUACUUUCACAACAAUGCCCCAAGAGCAGAAGCAAAAGAAGAAACGGGUCCCUAUCACCGCCCUCACAAAACAGCAAAUAUGCUUAAAAAAGAGAGAGAAUUUGAAGCUCAGAGACGAGGACCUCGCCAAGGAAUAUGGCCUUGAUAGAAGUACAAUCACUAAAAUCCUAAAACAACGGGAAAAGUGGUUAGCUAUUGAUCCUAAUUCCAAUUAUGCCAAACAAAAAACUCAAAAAUCACCAAAAUUUCCUCAAAUAGAGGAUGCUUUAUCGUCAUGGUUAACUUUAAACAUGAGUGGUGGCAGUCCCGUCAGCGAUGCACAACUUCAGGAGAAGGCUCUGGAGUUCGCGCAGAUGUUCGGAAUUCGUAACGAAUUCCAAGCUUCUAAUGGGUGGAUAUCAAAAUUCAAAAACCGUCACCAGUUCCGUAGUGGCGAAAAUCAAGGAACGUCCGAAGUUUCCCUACAUGUUACUUCACAGCCAACAGCUAUUUCUGGGACUUCAGUUAUAUCACCUCCGGAACACUCGAAUUUUAACAAUACUUUGAGUUUACCUCCUAAUACCCACUUCACACCUAACCCGUCAAUAGCAGCAACGACUCGUACGAAUGGGACAAGUACGCUGACAAUUACAAAUGCUUCUAGCUCUCAAAAUUAUAUCCCAUAUGGGGCUGCGUCAACCCAUAUAACAACUACACCUUACACUCCUUCUUCACGGAUAUAUUCAACAGUAUCCACCAUAGCCCCUUCCAUGAUUCUUGAAAACGUAGCCUUUUUGUUUUGUGGUUAUCAAAACGAUAUCAUUGGAAUGUUUCAGACAAGCAAUGUUCUGAAUAACUUUUUGGUGCGUUCAAAAACACUAUUUAAAAACGUUCACCAAGCUACUGUUCACCAGGCUACCGUUCAUCAGGCUAAGCAAAAAAAGAACAUCAGUAGCUUCUCUGUUGGCCUUUCUUUUCGACCUGGUUAUCCCGAGGUUUCUUCAAAUAAUCGUUAUUUUGAGAAGCUGAAAAGCUUGGGAAGGCUUAUUGAAGGAACUAAAGGAGCAGAAUUUAUCGAUGGAAUGAUACCAAGAGAGGAUGAUAUUGUAAUCAAAAAACGUCGCGUCGACGCUUUCUAUAAUACUGAUCUUCAAAUGAUACUCGAAUCACGAAAUAUCCGUCAUAUCAUUCUUUCUGGUAUCGCUACUAGUGAUGUUAUUCUUUCUACAUGCCGUUCUGCCGCUGACCGAGAUCUGAAUGUUACCGUUGUACGCGAAUGUUGUUUUGAUGAUAACGAAGCGUUGCAAAACAUGUUAAUGAACGAUCUGUUUCCAACUCAAGGCGUUACGGUAGCCUCUUUAGAUGAGAUUUUAACCGGUUUGCGUGGCGUGAAUUGA